GGCGGAAGAAAAUUAAGAACGCACACAGUUCCGUAAACGAAACCAGGUAACCAUCUGUAUCUAAGCCCUGAUGUGUACAGUCAUUACGUUGUCUGUUCUUUAAACGAGUUGUUCUGUAGAUAUGGGCCGCAGCAGAUCACCACACAGAGAUAAUGGAGGGGACAAAAAAACUGAAAAGAAGAAGAAACGGAGACGAUCUUCCUCCUCUACCUCCUCCUCCUCAUCAUCGUCGUCUUCCUCCUCAUCCAGCAGCAGGAGUCGCAGCAGAUCGUCUAAGAAAGCCCCACGCAAGAGCCAAGACGAGAAAACACACAAGAAGAAGCGAAGAAGUCGCUCCUCUUCCUCAUCAUCCACCUCUUCAUCCUCGUCGUCUUCGUCUUCAUCCAGCGGCGAGAAGUCAAAGAGGAAGAAGAGCAAAGCCAAGAAAAAGAAGCGAAAGAAGGAAAAGGCGAAGCUGAAGAAACAGAAGAAGAAGGAGGAGAAGAAGAAGCUGAAGAAGAAGAAGAAAAGAGAGGAGAAGAAGAAGAAGAAAGCAGAGAUGCAGCUGCCCCCUAGUCAGGGACUCAUAGAGAAACCUGCUCCAUCUUACCUGGAGGUGUGGCAGAGCGAUGAGGGGGCGGUGGAGCUGGGGCCAGUCAUGACCGAUGAGCAGAAGGCCCGGCUCUCCACUAAGAGGCCUCUCACCAAAGAGGAGUACGAGGCGAGGCAGAGUGUGAUCCGCAGGGUGGUGGACCCUGAAACGGGACGGACCAGAUUGGUGAGAGGAGAGGGCGAGAUCAUAGAGGAGAUAGUCAGCCGAGAGAAACACAAGGAGAUCAACAAGCAAUCUACCAAGGGAGACGGCAACGCCUUUCAGAGAAAACUGGGGCUGAACAAGUAGAAGAAAUCUCCCUCAAUGCUCACAAUCUGAGCAAAGCUUCACCACACUGACACAACCUUCUUGGAGAAGAGUUUGUCUGAAGCUGAAUUGAACAGACUCUAUUUUCUAUCAAAGAUCUGCCUUUGAUUGAACUGUGUGACAGUGAAGGUAUAAAAUAACAGGGACGUGUCCUCUCUUAUCUGCGACAGGUAAAAACCUUCUAUGCUGAUAUGCUGAAGGAAUUCAAUGUGUUGAGGCUUGAACCUCCACCGUACAGUGUUUACACUGGUCGUUGAUAAAUGUGAUAUUUAGGAGUCAUGCCUGCAAACAUUCGGCUGGUUUCUUCAUUCGAUAACGGCCAUGUUGCAUAACGGCUAUGCCAAAAAGAAACACAAAGCCGUUCAUGUGUUCAGUACCUUUACGACUCAUGUUGUUUCAUUUCUGUUCUUUAAAUAAACCUUUUUUUUUUUUUUUUUGUGGAGUAAA